CCUGUCAAAGGCUUCGCAGCGCAGCCCUGGCCUGUGCGCGGCUCGCCCCGGUGGCUCCUCCAGCCAUGAACAGCGAGGACCAGUUUUACGCCUCCAGCCAGCUCUUCAAGGAGCCGUGCGCCUUUCAGAGAUCCCAGCCGCAGGAUUAUAGCCAGAGCCCCCCCGCGUGCCUGUACAUGGGUAGGCAGCCCCAACCGCAGCAGCAGCAGCAGCCCCCGUACCCGAGUGUUUUGGGGGCCUUGGAGCAAGGCAGCCCGCCGGACAUUUCCCCCUACGAGGUGCCCCCCAUCACCGACGACCCAGGCAUUUCACAUCUCCAUCACCACCCUCACCACCAGCACCACCACUCUCAACUGCCUCACUCGCACCAGGAAGCGCUCCCCUUUGCAGAUGGGGCGGACUCUGGGGUGCUAGGGGAGCCCAGAGUGCACUUGCCAUUCCCCUGGAUGAAAUCCACCAAAUCCCACGCCUGGAAGGGACAGUGGGCUGGCACGGGGGGCUCUUUCGUGGUGGAGCAGGAGGAGAAUAAGCGCACGAGGACCGCCUACACGCGGGCGCAGCUGCUGGAGCUGGAGAAGGAGUUCCUCUUCAACAAGUACAUCUCGCGGCCUCGCCGGGUGGAGCUGGCCGUCCUGCUGAACUUGACGGAGAGGCACAUCAAGAUCUGGUUCCAGAACCGGCGGAUGAAGUGGAAGAAGGAGGAGGACAAGAAGCGAGGCGCCGGCGGAGGAGGGAGCAGCCAGGAGCCCGAGCAAGACUGCGCCGUGUCGUCGGGGGAACUGGCCGGGAAAGAGCAGGGCGAAGAGGAGCGCUCGGCGCCCAGCUUGCUCCCGGUGGAACUGCUCCCCUCCAGCCCCGACGCCUCGCCCAGGCGGCAGCAGGACGCACGGUGA